GCAGUAUUCAAGGCGAACCCGGAAUCUCCCCCUGGGUUUUGAAAACCCGAGUUGUCAAGGACGCCAGCGCCCGUCGAUCAAGCGAAGCCGGUCUCAAUGACGUACUUCAUCAGGGACCAAAUCUACUCCCCAACAUAAUCAAAGUGAUACUGAAGUUUCGCCAGUACAGAUACGCCGUAGCGGCUGACAUAGAAAAAGCUUUCCAACAAUUCAGGAUUGCCCCAGAGGAUCGCACCUUCUUACGAUUCGUUUGGCCAUUAGGAAUAUCAACCAACGGGUCAGCCCCAGUGAAAGGAUUUUGGGCGACCAGACUAGACUUCGGACUAGUCUGCUCCCCAUUUCUGCAUUGCCAAGGGGUGCGUUCUCACCUGGAGUACGCACAAUCAAUACAUCCCAAGGGCAGGAAAUUCAUCCAAGAGAUUAUCGACUCUUUCUAUAUGGAUCACAUUUGUCUAGGAAGUGAUAACCUCGAGGACGCGAAAUACAAAAUUUCGCUCCUAUUCGACAUCUUCCAGGAAGCACACAUGCCCCUCAAGAAAUGGGCGUCGAACAGCACAGAGCUGGGAGAAUUCAUCAAGAAGCACUCACCGGUCAAGGACCCAACAAUAUCCACCGGCCAAUUAGACAGCAAAUUCUUAGGGAUCCCUUGGAACCAACAAAUGGAUCUUUUAUCGGUGCCAGCCACUAAGGCCAUCAGGAAGCUCCAAUCAGGAACACCGUCAAAAAGAAAACUCCUCAGAGGACUCGCCCAAAUUUUCGAUCCAUCAGGAAUUAUGGGUCCGACAACCAUAAACGCCAAAAUAUUGCUUCAGAAGCUAUGGAAAUCGGAAAUCGGAUGGGACUUAGCCUUAGAUGGCCCGCACGCAGAAGAAUACGCGAGAUUCACGGAUUUGCUCGACAAGGACAAAGUGUCAAUCUCCCGCCACAUGCUUUCAAACACAGGCGACAACUCGCGCAAACAAACUCCACGUGUUCUCAGAUGCCAGCUUAAACGCAUACGGCUGCGUCAUCUACCUCCGAGAGAGCUCUGCAAAUACGAAACCGAUUACCCAUUUCGUUAUGGCGAAAGCUAA